AGAAAGCGUUGCUAUCAACAAACAUGGCGGCUAAAUAGGAGUUCUAUCAUUUGUCACUGUAACGCUAAAAACUAGACAGAUCUUGUGACAAUCUUGUCGAGAUUUAGAAACAAAAAAGGAAUGGCUGCAUCACUGCGUGGUGUUAGUCCUGAGCUCAGAGAAUAUCUGAGGAUCAACAGAUUACCAGAUAUUUACGAGGCUCUGUUAUCAGGUUUGAGUAUCAUGUGUCCUGAGGAUUGUUUGACAUUUAUCUUGGAGAAGUUGAUGUACUUAAAGGAAAAGGGGCUGGACUGUUUACACUGGGAUAUGUUUAUUGAUGAAGACAUGAAGCCACACCAUAGAAUUGUUACAGAGAGUAAUUUAGAUAUGAUCUUCAACUUUGAGGAUUGGCUAAUGCCAACUCCAGAAAUGUACACUGCAGCCUACUCUCACUACAACAAUAAACUCAAAGAAAUGUGUUUUUGUGCCAUGAUGCAAUACCAUUUACACAAGAAAGAGAAACAAUUAGCUUUGCAAGAAAAGAUUUCCCAAGCUUCGCAGCAUCAUGCGCAUCAAAUUUUAUUGGUUCAUUUAAAAAUAUGGAAGGACUGGGUUAAAUACAGAAAAGGUCGACAAGCAAUGACAUUCAACAAAAUACAACAUGUCUAUAACGUGUCUAUCGGAAGAGUUAUGUUCCAGGCUUGGUACAAACAUACACUAGAGGCCAGGAAGCAAAGGGAAUACUUUGAGAAUCUUUUCCUUGAAGUAUUUUAUGGAAAGAAAGUACAAUACAGUACUUACAAUGGCACACUGAUGAAAGACUCUUCCCUUAUAGAUGCUGACAAUCUUGAAGGCCAAGUGGAUUCUAGACUUGAGCGUGGUGAAAAUGUGGAUGAUGAUGAUGCAUUUGGGGAAGGCACCGGUGAGGCUAGGGACAGUGUGUCCACUUUGCCAUGGAAAAUAGCUGUUCAGAUAUUCAGUUAUCUUGAUGUGGCAGACAUUGUCAACUGUGCGUGUGUGUGUCGCUUUUGGAAAGUUCUAACACAAGCGAAUUUGCUAUGGAGCAGAAUUGAUUUCUACAAAGUUAAGAAAAGAGUUACAGACAAAAUAGUCACUCGACUGUUGUACAAAGCCAGACCAUAUUUGAUUCACCUUAACCUGAGGAUGUGUCAUCGCCUGUCCCGACCCAGUUUUGUCAGUGUCAGUGAAUGUCGUAACUUACAGGACCUCAACCUGUCUGAGUGCACUGGCCUAGAUGAUGAGACUUUUAAGAUUGUUACAAAAGGCUGCAAGAUUCUACUUUAUUUAAACAUAGCUUACACAAACUUGACUGAUGCAAGUCUCAGAGUUAUCAACAAAAACUGCCAUAACCUUCAAUACUUGAGUUUGGCAUUUUGUAACAAGUUUACUGACCGAGGACUAUUAUACUUGUCUAUUGGGCAUUGUCAUGACAAACUACAACAUCUGGACAUUUCAGGAUGUUUACAGGUGACACCGCAAGGUUUCCAGUAUCUUGCUGAUGGGUGUCCCAAUUUACAGAGUUUGAUUCUUAAUGAAUUCCCAACAUUAUUAGAUGAAUGUGUCAUGAUAGUGACAGAGAAAUGUCUUAAGAUCAACACUAUCUCUCUGCUUGGUUGUCCACUGCUGACUGAUGAGUCACUGAAAAGACUUGCACACAAUAAAAGUCUACAAGUUCUUAAAAUUGAUGGCAAUAACAGGAUCUCUGAUUCCAGUAUGAAAGUAAUUGGACGUCUUUGUCCAGAUUUAAGGCAUGUCUACCUGGCAGACUGCCAACGAUUGACAGACACAACACUUAAAUCUCUGUCAUCUUGUAAAAAUCUGGUAGUCCUCAACAUGGCCGACUGUGUCAGAAUUAGCGAUACAGGUAUCAGACAUUUUACUGAAGGAGCAGCUGCUGGGAAACUAAGGGAGCUCAAUCUUACUAACUGUGUCAGACUUGGUGACAUGGCUAUGGUGAACCUACAUAAAAAAUGUCAUAACCUGACCUACUUAAAUAUCAACUUUUGUGAGCAUGUCAGUGAAGCUGGCAUAGAGUUACUUGGACAGAUACAUAGUUUGGUGGCUCUAGAUGUCAGUGGAUGUAAUUGUACAGACCAGAGUCUAUCUGCUCUCGGUCACAAUGCCAGACUCAGGGAACUAAUCGUGUCUGAUAAUGACAGCAUCACAGAUCUGGGUUUGCAGAAGUUUGCUCAGCAAGCAAAGUACAUUGAAAGUCUAGAUGUCUCCCAUUGUCUGCAUUUGACAGACAGUGCAAUAAAAAACCUGGCAUUUAAUUGUCGACUGUUAACAUCCUUGAACUUGUCUGGCUGCAAACAUUUAACAGAUUUGAGUCUGCAGUAUCUCUCAGGAGUAUGCCAUUACAUUGUACAACUGGAUAUCAGUGGAUGUAUUCAUGUUAGUGACAAGGCUUUAAAGUAUUUAAAAAAAGGAUGCAAAAAAAUGAGACAUUUGAAUCUGUUGUACUGUAAAAAAAUUACUAAACAAGCAGCAUUGAAAGCUCAGAGAUAUAUCUCAGUUGUACAGCACAGCAAUGAAGAUGUGCCACUGUAUUUCAAUUAUUAGUGAUCAACUGUUUAAGUAGCUGGCAGCUUUGGCUUUCUAAUCAGACUGACAAUCUGUUGUUAUUUUUUAAGCAGAUCAAAGAACCUGUCAGCUCAAUUAGUAGUAUCAAGAUCUUUCAAGAAAAAUUUCUAGUACAUUCUAAUAUUUCCAAUAGUACAAAGCAACUUUUUAAGGACACAAUUCUGUAUUUGUAUGAACUUCAUAGCUCUGGAUACCAAUUUAUUUGUCAAUAUUGAAAGUGUUUGCUUUAAUGGAAUAGCCGAGACUGUGAUAUUUUAAAGUCAAAUUAAAGUAUUUGCUAUAAAUUCUACAACAACUUUA